UCUUUAAUUCCUCCCUAUUCUGAAUUUGCAUUAAUUUUUAAUUAAUUUCUUUAAUGAAUUCUUUUCAUUCCAUCAUAGGGAAUUCUUUUAAAUUUAAUAUUCAUUAUUAUUCAGUUUAUUACCUCCCAACCUCUUGGAAUUAAAACUUGGUUUUAACCCCGAAACUCAACCGAAUGUCUCUUUUUUUUUUUUUUUUUGCUAACUCAGCAAUUUUUUUUCCUAAUUCCACUUUUUUUUUUUUUUUAAUUCCGCCCUUUUUUCUUUUGCUAAUUCUGCCAUUUUUUGCCCCCAGAUUCCCAUUUUUCCUUCUCAGGUUUGGGAUUUCCCUCCCAGCUGAAUUCUUGGGCUCGAAUCUUGACCCUAAACUUGGUUUGAACCCCAAAACUCAAUGAAUUCUCCCAAAUUCCUCCAUUUUUUUUCCCUAAUUCCGCCCUGGUUUUUUUUGCUAGUUCUGCUUUUUUUUCCCCUAAUUCCGCCAUAUUUUUUUUGCUAAUUCCGUUUUCUUUCUAAUUCCACUUUUUUCCCCAAUUCUGCCAUUUUUUUUGCUAAUUCCAUUUGUUUUUCCAAUUCCGCCAUUUUCUUUUCCUAUUCCGCCAUUUUCUUUGCUACUUCCGCCAUUUUCUUUUCCAAUUCCGCCAUUUUCUUUUCUAACUCCGCCCUUUUUUUUCCCAAAUUCCCUCCCAGAUUCCCGUUUUUCCCGACGAUGGAAAACCUCCUGCUGCCUCUCCUCCUCCUCCUCUUCUUCUUCUUCUUCACCACAACCACCACGAACUCCCCGCCCUGCCCCAAACGCUGCUCGUGCCAGAACCUCUCGCCGUCCUUCACCAUCCUCUGCACCAAAACCGGGCUCCUCUUCGUGCCGGCCGGCAUCGACCGGCGCACGGCCGAGCUUCGGCUCAUGGAUAAUUUCAUCACCGUCCUCCGGAAACGGGAUUUCGCCAACAUGACCCAGUUGAUCCACUUGACCUUGUCCCGAAACACCAUCAGCCAAAUCAUGCCUUACGCCUUCUCCGACCUCAAGGGCCUCCACGCCCUCCACCUGGACAGCAACCGCUUGACGGCGAUUAACGAGGAGCACUUCAAAGGGUUAAUUAAUUUGCGCCACUUAAUCCUGAGCAACAACCAGCUCAGCUUCAUCUCGCCCAAAUCCUUGGAUGAUUUCUUGGAGACCAUCGAGGAUUUGGAUUUGUCCUACAACAAUUUGGUGGAUGUUCCUUGGGGGACGGUGGCCAAGCUCUCCAACGUCAACACGGUGAGUUUGGAUCACAACCUCAUCGAGUUCGUGCCCGAGGGGAUUUUUUCCAACCUCCACAAGUUGGCCAGGUUGGACAUGACCUCCAACAAACUCAAGAAGAUCCCACCGGAUCCGCUGUUCUCCCGCAUCCCCGUCUACGCCAAAUCCAAAGGUUCUCCGUUGACCUCGUUGGUGUUGAGUUUCGGUGGGAACCCUCUCCAUUGCAACUGCGAGUUGGUUUGGUUGCGGCGUUUGACGCGGGAGGACGACCUGGAAACCUGCGCCUCGCCGCCGGAAUUGAUGGGGAAAUAUUUUUGGAGCAUCCGGGAGGAAGAAUUCGUCUGCGAGCCACCCAUGAUCACUCACCGGACGCCCAAAUUGGUGACGGCCGUCGGUCAAAGCGCGUCCUUGAAGUGCAAAGCCGUCGGCGAUCCCGAUCCUUACGUCCGGUGGAUCGCUCCGGACGGUAAAUUGGUGGCCAACACAUCCCGGACGGUUUCGUACGAGAACGGCACUUUGGAUAUUUUGGAAGCGGCGUUGGGCGAUCAAGGAACGUUCACUUGCAUCGCCUCCAACGCCGCCGGCGAGUCGACGGCGCCGGUGGAAUUCCGGGUGGUGCCGGACGCCAACGGUACCGAGUGUGAAGAAGAGGAAGGGAAAAAAACUGGAACGGCGAGGCCGGAGCCGUCGGAUAUUUUGAUUUCGGCCAAAUCGAGUUUUUCCAACGAUUCCAAGCUGGAAAAAGGGGACAAGGGGGGGGUGGUGGUGGCCGAGGUGACGGCGACGUCGGCGUUGGUGCGGUGGCCGCCGCAGGAAGAGCUGGAAGGGUUGAGGAUGUACCAGAUCCAGUACAACAGCUCGGCGGACGAGAUCCUGGUUUAUCGGUGAUUUGAGGGCGGAGGGGAAAAAAAAUUUGGGGUGGGAAGGGGGGACGGGGGAAUGCGGGAAAAAGGGAACGUGGGAAAACGGGUGGAAAAAAAUGUGAAAAAAACAGAUGGGAAAAUGCAGAAAAGAGGGCGGGGAAUGUGGGAAAAUGGGUGGGAAAUGUGGUAAAAAAAAAAAAAAAGGGUGGAAAAGCGGGGAUGUGGAAAAAGGGUUGGGGAAUGUGAGAAAACGGGUGGGAAAAGUGAAAAAAAAAAAAAACAGGUGGAAAAUGAUAUGGAAAAAGGGAUGGGGAAUGUGGAAAAACAGCUGGAAAUGGGGAAAAAAGGGAGGGAAAUGUGGAAAAACGGGAAUGUGGAAAAACGGGUGCGAAAUGUGAAAGAAACAGAUGGGAAAAUACAGAGAGGAGGGUGGGGAAUACGGAAAAACGGGUGGGAAAUGGGAAAAAAAAAAAGGGUGGAAAAUAAUAUGGAAAAACGGGGGGAAAUAGGUGGGAAAUGUGGAAAAACAGGUGGAAAAUAAUGUGGAGAAAGGGAUGGGGAAUGUGGGAAAACGGGUGGAAAAAAGUGAAAAAAAAACAGAAAAAUAAAAGUAAACGAGGGAAAACUGGGGUGGAAAAUGGGGGGGGGGGGGU